AUGGGUUUGAUGUACGUAUCAAAGAAGUAUGACGUCAAAACCCUGGAACAGAAGUGCCUGACGUAUUUGUCGUCAUCGAUGACGUCAGACAACGCCUGUGUGAUACUGGAACAGGCCCACGUGUUUGAUGAGCAGGAAUUGAAAGAAAAAGCUCUCACUUUUAUUUUGGAAAAUGGAGAUGCAGCUCUAAAAUCAUCUGGAGUUACCGACCUUUGUCACGAAUGCUUGGUUAAGAUCAUACAAGCGGAAGAACUGGAGGUCGAUGAACAAUCUGUCUUUGAAGCUGUUGUGGCGUGGAGUGAGAGAGCGUGCAGGAAACAGAACAAAGAUGUAACUCACGAAACCAGACGGCAAGUGCUUGGGGAAGCCGUAAAGCACGUGCGGUUUCCCUUACUUGACCAGAAGUAUUUCGUCAAAAAUGUACCACCAACUGACUUGCUUACUGACUCAGAAAAAUUCAAGAUCUUAGCACAUUUGGUGUCUCCCGGUGACAGCGUUUUACCAUUUAACGCCAACAAGCGCAUUGGUGUUAUUCGUCAAGAGCAAAUUAUAAUACAGCACAUUGCCAAAAUUAGUUAUCUUUAUAGUUGCCCAUGUUCUAGUGAUAAAGAUCAUGGAAUUAUGUUUUCUGUAAACCAAGACGCAUCACUACUAGGAUUCCAUUUGUAUGGUGCCUAUGGCAGAACCACUGCAAAUUAUGACGUCAGAGCUUUCAUAACUAACCCGACAACAGAUGACGUAAUCGAAGGUUCAUCAGUGACAAAGUCAGUCUCAGUCGCAGCUAGGACGACAACAUAUGACGUGGAGUUUCCUCGACCCCUAAAACUAAGCAAAGACAAGAAGUACAAUCUGAUUGUUAACAUCGAUGGACCUAACUCACUCUAUGGGUGGCCAGGCAGAUCUACAGUACAGAACGGGUCGUUUGUGUGCUCGUUCUUCGACUGCCAGAAAUCCAAACACAGUAACAGACCAAACCCAGAUACAGAUGUGAAUAUGGGACAGAUACCUGGUUUGAUGUUCUUAGUAUGA